CAAAUCUUCAUUUCGAGUGGUUGGGAAGAGCAUUUAGAUAAGAGAUUCAUCUCUGUUGAUGCUGUUUACACUCAGUGGUAAGCUGGUGAUUGUCGAAAUACAAGUCUAAAAUAUCUACAGAGUACAUAAUUCUCAGCAAAAUAUGGACGAUAUUCCAGUGGAAGUGCUGAGGCACAGUUUCCAGUCGUUGAUGGAGAUCUCCCGCUGUUCCGUCUGCCUGGAGAAUGUAAGGGCCGAAGUUGUGCAGUGCGCCAAAGGUCACCUCUUCUGCAACCAUUGCCGUAAAGAUCUUAAGAAAUGUCCAAAGUGCAAGAAACAUUUUGUGAAGGACAAUCCUUCCAGGUACGCCAACAAAGUGGUGGCAGCCCUUCCCGUCCUGUGUAGGUACAAGAAGUGCGGCAAGUACCUAGAGCCGGGUGACGAUCACGAGAAGUACUGCGGGUACAGACCCACCGGGUGUAAAAUCUGUGACUGGACCGGUCUCGGGCACGAAAUCCUGAUCCAUAUGAAAGGCAGACAUAUAGUUCACGUGAUAGGCGAAAACAAUCCAGGAAUAGGCUUCCAGAACUGCAUCCCCAACAAGAUCACAUCAACCGUCUCUGUGCUGUCGGCGUACGGAAUAUUCUUCUGGAUGAUUGAGAGGCACGACGUAGAAAAACAGACUUUUAACGUGACCUUUUACCCCAUACUGAGCGGUAAACCGCAGAAUGACUUUUAUGUGACAUUGUCCUCCGGAGGAACUCAUUUUGUGACGAAGUUCAAGUUAGACAUGGACCCAAAAAAUGGUGAAAACAGAUUGUUUGUUCCUGGUUUCAUGUUUCAUAAUUUGCUGGACGAGAAAGGAAGCCUCAACUACAAGAUUUUUAUUACCACUGAAUAAUCUAGAUUCGUAAGAGGUUUCGUACAUGAUAUUGUAAUUUCGUGUCUUUCUUAAUAAAUACUGUAUAUCAUUAAAAAAUAAAUUCUGAAUUUACUAAUA